GCCACCGCAGGCCCCGCCCCUCGUCGCUUUUCCGCUCUCAGCGCGCUUUCCGGCCCGGCGCUUUGCGGCGAGCGGUGCUGCUGGCUCGGGUCCGUCAGUGGGGCUGAGGAGGGGGGAAUCGAGGCCUUCCUCCCUUCGGUGUAAGAGUCAUCACAUCGCUGUGUGUGAUUUAAGGGUUUUUGGAGCCGCUAGGAGCAGCAGUUUGGGAACGAGGGCCUCUAACGUUCAUUGCGUUGUUCCAGCCUCGUGUGUCUGUAGCGGAGGAGAUGUGGAGGUGACAUUUGCAAAAAGGUGGAAAUGGCAGAAGAUAUUAACACAGAAGAAUAUCCCACUGAAAUUCAUGAUUAUCUUGCAACAUUUGAAAAAUCUCUUACUUCGGUAGAUGAGAUGUUGAAGACAAUGAUGUCAGUUCCUAGAAGUGAGCUUCUCCAGAAGUUAGAGCCACUUGAGCAAGCAAAACUGGAUUUGGUUUCAGCGUACACCUUGAAUUCAAUGUUCUGGGUAUACUUGGCUACUCAGGGAAUCAAUCCAAAGGAACAUCCAGUGAAACAGGAACUGGAGAGAAUAAGAACAUACAUGAACAAGGUCAAAGAAAUAGCAGACAAGAAAAAGGCAUCCAAACUUGAUAAAGGAGCAGCUUCCAGAUUUGUAAGGAAUGCUCUCUGGGAACCAAAUCCUGAAAAUGACCAAACUCCUGCUAAAGCAAAGAAGAGAAAGAUGAACUAAUUUUUCCCCUUUAUGUUAUCAGAGACACCUAAAGUUAUCAAAAUGUGUUUUCUGCGCUGUAUGAGUCUUACAGAAGUGCUGUAUAGCAACAUCUUGAUUAAAUUACACUUAAAAAAUUUUUCAGGGUUGUAUUUUGUCCAGGAUGCUCCCUUCUGAGGUAACUAUGCACUGAGGUUUAAAAAAAAAAAAAAGCAUUGUAUGUAUAUCUGUAAGUGCCAUGUAAUGCUGCAGAAAUAAUGUUUCAUUAUUAAAAUGAUAAUGACUUGCCAAAUGCUUGUUGGUAAUAGAUACUGGUACUGCUUUGAUUAUAAUGCCUAAGAAUUAUUUUUUUUACUUAUGUUUUUGUAUGUACUUCGUCUCUUGAAUAUUAAAGCAGUCUCAAACAAUGCUGUCCAGUUCGUGGUGUUCAUGUAAAACCCAUGUUUACUUUCUCAUUACACCAUUGAGUGAGUUCUUGUGUUCACAGAGUAUUGUAAGGUUUAUUCACUAUAUUGAACUGUUCUGUUUUCAGCUUCUGGAAUAGCAUGUAUGCUGUAUUCCCUUACUUCUGUGGUCUCUGAAGAAACUGAGGUUCAAGGGCUGCAAGCAAAUAGCCUGAAUUCCACUUUAAGUCCUAGUGUCUAAUCCGUGCAGGGGGGGAACCACAACAGAAAGAGCCCAAAUGAGUGCUUUGUAGGGCUGAACAAAGGAGCAGGCAGGGGACAGCAAACAGGAAACAGCACGUGCAGGAACUUGAUUGGAAUUUUGGCUGUGGUGUGCAUCUCUUAGUGCUGACUCUGACAUAAAUGUGCUGUGAGGUGGUAGGAGUGUGGUCAUUGGCUGCUGUUUUUCAGAUCUUUGUUCUUGGGUACACUUUGAACUGCUGCUCUGCCUUGCAAAAUAGUCUCCUGCGCUCAAAUGUGAAGCUUAGUUUAGGAGAGGGAGUACAUUAAUUCCAUUAGGAAUUAGAACCUAAUAAAUUCAUUUUUCAGUAUGCUACAAAGGAAAACUCAAUUAUUAGUCCAAAAGCUGCUUAAAAAGCAGGGGCAAGCUAAUUAUGAAGAACAAUUUAUUUCACCAAAAUGCCAUUUGGGUAGCAGACUGCAGUCUUGGGAAAUACAGUUAGAGUAAAAUACUGAAUGAUUAAAAGAAAUAUAUCCAGUACCCCUAUGGUAGUACUGCAAGCUGAGUGAUUUACAAUGAAUGGGUAUUGUCUUCAGUGUUGUCCUGCAUCAUGCAUUAUGCAGAGCAUGAAUUGAUUUCAGUGAGGUGCUAAAAUGAAGAUUCUCUUGUCACUGACUAUCUAAAAGUAAAUAUUUCAAAAUAACAGUGAAGUUUAAUAAACUCAAGUAAUUGUUGUGUAUCUCUGGAAACAUUUUCAGUGACUGUAUGAGUUUACAGAUUUUUGUUUGUGAUAAAUUCUGAACAAGCAAGAAUUUCUUCAUUCCAGUUCAAGCAAUCCAGUUAAGGAGAGCUUGUUUCUAUAGGUGCUGAUGCUGGUACCUGUCUUUGCUGCCUCAGAUCUACAGGGCAACUCAUGAGCAUACACAUCAAAAAUGCAAAAACUUCUGCCGGCUGAAAGGUAAGAUGAGCAUGCUUUAUUUCUACAGAUGAAUGUCACAGUUAUGCAAAACAAAAGCACAGUUAGACUCGUGGGUCUUGAGAUUCAGGUUAAAAUUGUGGAAGACUUGAAGUGUGUUGUUUUGUAUCUGUAGAAUAUUAUAACCAGACCUGUGAACUUUGUGUCAGUGUAGAUGUUUUCACGUGCAAAGUUCAAAACAUUAGCCUCAAAAAAAUAUGAUGUGAAGAACAGGUGCCCUGUGAACUAGUUAGUAAGACAACAGGAUGUAUGUGGUAUGAAGUAGCAGAAGCUACAAGUGUUUUAAUGCAGAGACUUUUGAGGUUAUAAUGUCUUAUACUUUGGUAUGCUUUUUCUGGAGGAAGCAGGUAGAUCAGCUUCUAUUUAUGUGCAGUACUGUUAAUUAAAAGGGAAUUGAAGGACGUUUCCAUUACAUGAUUUUCCUCUUAAGCUUUAAUUAUAGCUUUUGUUUUAAAAGGUUAAUUUCUGAAAAAAGAUCAUAAUUCAGUGUCCAGUAAAGUACACAGCUUUCAUGGGUAAAUGUUUAAACGAGAAUAAUGCAAGGAUGUUAAUGAAGAGUUGCUGAAGUAGAAAUCCAUCUGGUAUAAUGAAGUAUGUACACGUAAUUGACAUUUGUGAUAGGAAAAUUGGUAUACGUGUAGCAAAUGCAACUUGGUAAAUGCUUAUGUGGCUGUUCUGAUGACCAGGUUUGUGGCUUUUCUAAUGCAAAGACAGUAACUCCAGUGAAUACCCCAGAAACUGAAGAUUAUCACCAUGUGUCUGUUACUGGCCCACAGCCCUAUUAGUAGCUUGACAUCUCCCUGCAUUACCUUGGUUCUGCUCCUAGAAAACACCCGUCUUUCUCUAAGAUAGUGUACUGUGACUGCAAACAAAUGAGGAUGCUUACUACAACUUUGAUUUGCCCUCUUUUAAAUGCUAGUUGUGAGUUAGCAAGUCAACAUAUCACUGAUGUUCAUCCCUAUUCCUCCAGUCUUUUUAUUAUUUGAGAACUGCAUCCUCAAGAGUGGAUAUUUUACUAUGUCAUCCUAAUUGCUUCUGGCCUUGAAAAUCGAUACUAGCAUAAGGUCCUGUCAGAAAGUAUUAAUGUUCCUGUUUCAUUGGAAAUCUCCUCACAACAUAGUUACCUGGAAUGAUAAAAGCUAAAGAAGGAUCAAGUUACCUUGGAAACUUACUAUAAAAAUAUCAACUAUAGAAUAUUAUAAAAACAGAAUUGUUUUGGAAUUCAGAGGGACACCAAAAUCCUUUUUUUUUUUUUUUUUUUUUUUUUUUUUAAAUCUGCAGGGCUGAGACCAUUACAAAUGUAAAGAAAAAACUAGAUUUCCAUAUGUAAAGAGGUGGCAUUACUUUUGGAGUGACCCAUGUAACAUGACAUACUUUGGCCAGCAGAUGAUGAAGACCUGCGUCUGCAAUCUCAGUAGAGGAGACCUCAUCUCAUCGUAAAGGCAGAUGGUGGCGACAGGAAGGCUUUUAGAAGUUGAGAACAGCAAAUUGUACCUAGAAGCACACGUAGAGAUCCACUGAUGUUGGUGAUAUUCUGUGCAAAGUUCCUUCUGGCAAGAUCUCCCUGAACUCUUGACUCAGUUUACACAGAUUCUCUUCUACUGGAAGCAACUGCAAAACUCCCUCAUGCCUAGGAAAAACAUCCUCUGAUCUUCAUCAUUAAAAUGUGAUACGUGCCAAAUUGGUUAUCAAAAUGAAACAGCUUUUGAAUGGAAUGUCAUUUUUCUUUCAUCAAACAUGGCUGGCUAGUAAUGUGUAGCUGCUUUGGAAUGUUAAAGUGUAAGGGAACAACAGCAUCCUUUUUUAGGCAAAUUGACUGUUGAAAAAAAGUAGCACCAGCUAACAUUGGAGUGAUACACAAAAUCAGAAUAUAAUCGGAGAAAUAAUCAUGAGACUUCUCUACAGAGUAAGUCUGGCAAACUUCAAACCAAAGAAAUGUUCCAGCUUACAAUAAUUGAAAUUGGUUGCAUUUCGACCACGUCUUUUUCCUGAACUGAGAUGUAAAGAUGCCAAAGUAGGGCGUUUGUUAAAAUUGUUUAUAUAUGAUUCUUAGUUCAAAAUUUACUCGGCAGGGAUAAAAAAAAACCAAACAAAA